AUGUCCUCAACCGGCCAUGCAGACGAUGCUCCAGAGUCGCCGCUGACACCGACCAAUAUUGGCCCAGACCCGGGGUCGCCACCGGAAGAGAGCGUGAGGGAGCAAAUGAGCGAGGUAGUCAAUGCGCUCAGGGAGAUUCGGUCGCAGCUGGCGGACCAGAAUAAAUAUCUCGAGGGUCUUGCGGCGAAACCUAUCAAAGCGACGUCCCAGCGAUCACGAGCGGUCUACAUUGACUAUAAGGAGUGGACUGACAAAAUACUUCCUUUUCAAGAGAAAUGGCACCGCUCCCGAAUUCCAAAUGAGGAGCUGUGUUUAAUUCUCAAAAGAGAUUUCUUUUGGCUAUUCGAGGAUCUCCAUCAAGCCCAUUGGGAUAAAUUGACAAUAUCAGCUCCCUCGGACUCGGAUCACGCGGGAGACUCGCUAAACACAGGCUCGAUCGAGACGUUGAAAUCGGCAUGGCCAGUUUACGAGGACCCAUCGCAAGACAUUGAUCUCGCUGCUGCGUAUGCGUUGGAAGAUUCACCAUUUGAUUUCGACUGCUUCUUUCCGAACUGCGCGGGCGCUCGCCGUCUUAAUAUGGACGGGGCGCUUCGGCAAGUGUUAUGGCCUGACCAUUCAAUUCAUAUGUAUAAGAUAUGCUUCAAGAUCGGACCUUCACCCGGGCUCGGCUCUGGGUCUUUCAGUUCCGCCCGCGCCCUGACGCAAGAAGCCACCAUUAUAGGUUGUCCACAGCCACCAGCCGAGCCGUGGGGUGGACGGGUCUGCGGCCGGAUCAUCUUACAAGGAAGCUCGAUAUCUCUCCACGCGAGAGCCAUGAUCCCCGUCAGAACCUUGGCAUUUAUCUUGUGGCAGCUUGAGAGCUACAGUGCCGGGAAGCCCGGUUACCGCCGGGACAUGGAUUGGGACGUGGAUUCAGCAGGCAGGUUGUGCAUUUUGAUGUUUGCAUCGCAUUGGGGAAGGCUGCCCAUAUUCAACGCUUUUAAUGGUGUGAGCGACGGGCUUCUCUCCCUGUAUUUCCAAAUACGUUGGAUGACUGUUAGUCCACAGCGUCGCUCCUUGCCCAAGAAAGCAGAUGGCAUUUUAUUAAAUCGAGAUGCGGGAGACAUACCCAAUGGUCCGGACGGCAGCCCCCGAGACCACCAAGUCUGCGAAGAGCGUUACGUGUUUGGACUGGUGACGACGAUAAGUCAGAAAAUCGCGCUCUAUACAUUGCUCAGCGUGACAGAUGGUGAAUCCCCUCUUUUCGGACAGACGCUUGAGGAGUAUCUUGGACUGGGCCUCCAGAAUACGGCGCAAAGAUAUUUGAGCGGCAGACUGAUGGGCGUUGGAAUGUAUUUGCUUUACAUCUCUGCGACACUCGAGUGGACUGCAGGGCAGUGGGAGUUGACUCUAGAUCAGUUGGAUAACACACUGCAUACAAGCCUCGCGCAAAUGACUCGCGAAAAACGGCGAAGCCUAAUGUUUGACGACGACUUCUCAAAGUCAGACCAGUACUUUGCGGCUCUACAGACCCUGCACAUGUGUACGGAUUGGAUUAAGGGAACACUCCGGGAUUUCAGGGAUCUCUGCGAGAAUACCAAAAGGAAAAUCUCAAGAUCGCUAGAGAUUACAGAUGGAGAUGAUGAUAUGGAUUCCUUCGAAGCACUUUGUGUCGAUGUCCUUGCUAAUAGCGAGAGGCACUUCCAGCCAUUACUCGAUCGAAUUGAGCGGAAGGUUGAAGAAGUGAAGGGCCUUCGAGAUGGCCUAUUCAACGCAACCUCCGUCAAAGAAGCCUCGAAGGGCACAAAGCUAGCCGAGAACAGCCGCCGUCAGAACCGAUAUAUCCUGGUCUUCACGGUUGCCACCGUCUUCUACCUUCCAAUGGGCUUUGUAACGUCAUUCUUUGGAAUGCAUUUAUUCGAUCCUAACGAUGAAUCAUCUGCCUCGCGGACACCGUUUAUCAUUACUUUUGUUGUCAUCGCCAUCGCGACAUAUGUUAUUGCAACGGGUGCACUCCUUGUCAUCCGGGAGGAUGAUUGGAUCAAAUCAACACUGCGUGCUUGGAAGGCUUCCAUGUGGUCCCAAGAUACACAAGCGCAAAACCUUGCGGGAUCGAGGCUUUCCGGUCUAUUGGGGAGGAGAAAGUCGAGGAGGGAAGCGGAUGUGUAA